AAGUAAUUUGUUUUUGCGCUCAUUUGGAAAACUCGGUGGGAAAACUAAGGAAAUAAGUGAAAAAUCCAAGAAAAAGUGGAUAAAAUGAGUCCCGCCAAUAAAUCCCAGCCAGACAUCAGCAUCGACGAUGAGGAAGAAAUACUGGCGCUGGAAAAAUUGCUGGGCGAAGCGGAGAACGAUAAUGCCGAGUCUGCAAAACCGGAGAAACCAAAACCCGCACCCACUUUGGCCAAUGCAGUGCCAAAACUGCGGGAAGACAGUAGUUUCGCCAAUGCCUUCACCUUCGAGAAGACCGUGAAAUCCGCCAAGCCGGAGAAAUGUGUCAUCAGCAAAGAACCGGAGCUGGACUCUUCCGACGAUGAGGAAGUGAAGAACUUCCUGGAACGCAAGUACAACGAGUACGGGAGCGAUAUAAACCAGAGCCUGAAGCAGCAGCGGGAGAGUGCCCACGAGUCCAAGGUGGCCAGGGAGGUGGAUCAGGAGCUGAAGAAGACCACCCAGAUGGUCACGUCCACGCCGCAGCCGCUCAAGAAUCCGCACAAUCCCAUUAAGCGCACGUCAACGGUGAGCAGUUCGUUCCAAAGGCCUCCGCCAGCUGCCGCCGCCGUGGCAUCCACAUCCCAGCCAAGUGCUCCCGUCUCCGCUGUUUACACGGAUCCGGUCUUUGGCCUGCGCAUGAUCAAUCCCCUGAUCUCCAGCUCCCUGCUGCAGGAGCGCAUGGCGGGCAGAAAAGCGGUGCCCUUUUCCGGCGUCGCCUUUCACAUCGAGCGGGGCGAUCUGGCCAAAGAUUGGGUUAUUGCCGGCGCCCUGGUCUCCAAGAAUCCGGUUAAGAACACCAAGAAGGGGGAUCCCUUCUCCACCUGGAAGCUUUCCGAUCUGCGCGGCGAGGUCAAAACCAUCUCACUGUUCCUCUUCAAGGAGGCCCACAAGUCCCUGUGGAAGACAACGGAGGGCUUGUGCCUGGCUGUCUUGAAUCCCAGUGUUUUCGAGAGCAGAGCGGGUAGCUCCGAUGUGGCUUGUCUAUCCAUUGAUAGCUCCCAGAAAGUCAUGAUCCUGGGCCAAUCCAAAGAUCUGGGCACUUGUCGGGCCACCAAGAAAAACGGGGACAAGUGCACUUCGGUGGUUAAUCUGACGGACUGCGACUAUUGCAUCUUCCAUGUGAAGCAGGAAUAUGGAAAGAUGUCUCGGCGCUCGGAACUUCAAUCGGCGACAGCAGGUCGUGGAAUCAAUGAGCUGAGAAACAAGGUUUUGGGCAAAAACGAGGUCUUCUAUGGCGGACAAACCUUUUCUGCUGUUCCCGCAAAGAAAAGUGCUAAGCUGAUCUCCAAGGAACGCGAUCGUCUGAGUAAGCUGGCUGGCUAUGAUGUUUCGCCCUUCGCACAUACCGCUGAUCACGCCUCCAAGCCCAAAACGGCCGAAGCCCCUAAAGUUCCAUAUGCUGAACGAGGGGGUCCGGUUUCCCGUUUGGCCGGUGGAGUGGAGGCUUCUAGGAAGCAGAGGGUCCAAGAUCUAGAACGAUUAAGGAAGCUGAAAGCGGAGAAUGAGCGCUUUGAACAGGAUAAGCAGGCAAAGGGUCAUGUUUUGGGAAGUGAUAAGAAAGAGGAACCCCAGACAACCACGCCCACUACACCUGUACCCGACAAGUUCAAGAAUCGUGGCUUCUCCUUCGACGCCAGCCUGACACCAAAACUUUCGGGCAGCGAAAACUUUUCCUUGGAGAUCAAUGUAGGAGCUCGUCAGGCACAAAGUGCCAAGCUGAGAGCAGCCGCCCUGCUAAAGAAGAAACCGCUGGAGAAGAUCAACCCCAACUCCACAAGAGGCAGUGAUACUGGCAAGAGAAGAGCCAUUGAUGAGCUCAAUGACAAGUUCGCCAGCAGCGCUAAGCGGCAGAAAAUGGAGGAGGACGAUCGCGAGCAGAUGCGCAAAUCGAGAAUUGAGAAAAUUAUGGCGGCCACCUCAUCGCAUACGAAUCUCGUAGAGAUGCGAGAGCGGGAGGCGCAGGAGGAGUAUUUCAACAAGCUGGAACGCAAGGAGGCGAUGGAAGAAAAGAUGCUGGGCACCUACAAGAUGCCCUGCAAGGCGGUCAUCUGCCAGGUGUGCAAAUACACGGCCUUCUCCGCCUCCGAUCGCUGCAAGGAGGAGAGGCACCCCUUGAAGGUGGUCGACGCCGAAAAGCGAUUCUUCCAGUGCAAGGACUGCGGAAAUCGCACGACCACAGUAUUUAAGUUGCCCAAGCAGAGCUGUAAGAAUUGCAAGGGCUCGCGAUGGGAAAGGGCGGCCAUGAUACGGGAGAAAAAGGUCCUGACGGGCAGGGAAACGCUUUCGGUGCGCGGAGACGAGGAAACAUUCAUUGGCAGCCUGGCCGGCAGUGCUAAUUUGAACUUGCUGGUACCCGACGAAGAGUAAUUGCUCUUUGCUGUAGUUGGUUUGUUUAUUUUAUAUUUUUUUAUUUUAUUUAAAAUUUAAAUAGCAUAUGCGGUACAUACAAAUAUUUACAGUCCUCUGGUUGGUCGCUUUUUGGCUUAUAUAAAGGAUUCGUCAUAGAUAAAUAAGUACAAAGGUUCCGAUGCCUAAAGAUCUAAGUGCCUGUGAGAUUUUUAGUGCAGGUUUUUUAUAGAGAUGUACCCGGUGUACUCAAUGAUUUUGUAUGAAUGUUAAUCUAAUGAUUGUAUGACUCGUGGGUUAAAUAAAUGGAAUCUUAUAUUA